AGUCGAGACUGCAUGAUGCACCUGUGUUUUACAUUGCACUUUCUUGUUUGAUGAGAACUUGCUUGAGAGGUUGAGUGGUUUUGUGGUUUGAUUUGUUGUGGGACUUCACUUCGGCACUCGUCUUUUCCGGCCUUGCCUGAGCCUAGAAUAGCUUGACUACCAGCACAUUCGUUCCAUGAUCGCCGAGGAUGCCGAGAAAGGCGAAUUCUCCUACAACACCUGAGUUAUCCCCACCAAUGAGGACACGUCUCAACUCUGAGUCGUCGCUCACUGGAUAUUUGACAUGCUCGGACAACGAGCAUGAUUACAACGAAAAGAUCGUGGACGAUAUCAACAUCAGCUUCUUCUACCAGCCCCGUACUUUGACCUUGCUCUUCUUUGUCAUCUCCUCACUAGUUUUAUUUGCUCUGUUCAGGGAUGAUUCAGUGUCCAGACAGGAAAACAUCUUCCAUGGAUUCCUCAGCAUUUUAAUAUUAUUUGUUCCCAUUAGUUUGCUUUGCCUUCCGAAUGGGCCUUUUAUUCGUCCACAUCCUGCUGUGUGGAGGAUUGUAUGUGGAUACAGCAUUGCAUAUCAGCUAUGCCUGUCGUUCGCCGUCUUCCAGCGCAUGGAGGACGUGCGCGGUUUCCUGGUCACUCUUUAUCCGGACCUGGCCGUUGCUAGCAAUGACAGUAUGAAGGCGUACGCGGAGAACUGUGACUUGACGGCGCACAACCUGUGGAUGAGUAUCGACUUCUUCACGUUCUCUCACUUUGUGGGCUACAUAGCCAAGGCAAUGCUGAUACGCAAUGCCGGACUGCUCUGGUUCCUCUCCGUCAUGUGGGAAGUCACCGAGCUGGCCUUCAUGGAUCUGCUGCCCAACUUUGCUGAGUGCUGGUGGGAUAUGCUGAUCCUGGAUAUUCUCCUCUGCAAUGGCCUUGGUAUUUACGUGGGCAUGCGUAUCUCACGGCAUUUGGAAAUGAGCUCGUUCCACUGGGAGAGCAUCAAGGACAUUCGCACUGCAAGCGGCAAGAUCAGGCGGAUAAUCCUUCAAUUUACACCUGAGAGUUGGAAGCAGCCUCGCUGGUCUGCAGCCUCUCCUCCAGUUCGCGUAUUGGCAAUCCUCAUUCUGGUUUUCAUCUUUCAGAUGUAUGAGUUGAAUUUCUUCGUCUUCAAGCACAUCUAUCACAUCCCGAGCAGUCAUCCCAUGCUUCUCACGCACCACUUCUUCCUACUCAUGUCAUCGGCACCAGCAGCCAGACAAUAUUACAUGUACGUUACGGAUCGCAAUCGCAAGCGUAUUGGCGCUCACUUCUGGUUCUAUGUUGCCAACAUGGCCACUGAGUCGUUACUGAACUAUCGCCAUGGUAAAGAUUUCUUGGAUACGCUGAACCCGACCAAAGUGCUCAUGUGGGUAACAAUACAGAUAUUGUUGAGUAUCGCCGUGGUGGUCAGUAUGGUCUGGUUCACAACUGAGAAAUCAAAGGGUCGCUUAAGUUUCAGCGGCUCUGCAUUGUCGGCAAGGCAAAAUCACAAAGAACGUCACGUGGACUUCCGCGACGGGCAGGAUGUGUGCGAUGACACUGGCCACCACCACCACAUCACUGUGGCGGCUAGUGACGAGGGGGAUCAUGAUGCAGAUGCCGAGGGAGAGGACGAGACUGCCAAGGUGGUGAUGGCCAGACAACGGCGGAAGCGCUAGCCCCGUCUUCAAGGUCAGCAGCCUUGACCUUGUGCUAAAUAGUGAAACUCUUCUUACCUAACUCAUCCACUCACACCCUGACUGUGCUUCAUUACAUUGAGAGAAAACCUCACAUACUAAUAAUAAGUUAUUUGGGGAAUGCUAUGGUGCUGCCCCCUUGAUUUCCACAUACUGAUUCAUGCGGUGAAAACUCUGCUUUGAUUUUAUAUCUUGCAGAAACCUCAUAAAAAAUCUAGCCUUUUUUCAGCUCCUUAUCUUGGCCGAUUCAUUAGUAUUGAUUCCGUUAAUUCCCGCGCUGCGCUCCUGACUCCACAAACUGCUCACUUGCAGUUUCUUUGGCUCCGUCUGCUGGUUGGCAUUCCUCUCGCUCUCUCUCUCUGCCAACACAUUGUUGUUGCUUGAUCCCUGUUUUUAAGCCUAA